AUGGGCUUUCUUCUAGUAUUCGAUUUGACCAAUGAGAAGAGUCUGCUAAGUUGUCGAGAGUGGAUGAAUUUGCUCUGUCAACACGCAUACUGCGAGCGACCUGAUGUGAUUCUAGUCGGUAACAAGGCGGAUAAAACAGAGGAAAGGGUGAUCUCCACCUCAGACGCACAGCGAUUGGCUCAAGAACUGCAGCUCUAUGCUUAA